GGCUUAUACCCCAUUUGCAAACAUUCGCCUGCAAAGAAAAGCUACUGAAGGUUAUUGAAACAAAACGAGUAUUUUCUUGCAGUGAUGUGUUCAGAGGCUGUAACAAAGACUCUUCUUAUCAUCUUUAAUUUGUUUUUUGUUUUGGCUGGCCUUGGAACUGCUGGAAUUGGUGUGUCUGUACUGUUUGUAAGGGCGCAAUAUGAAGAACUCAUUGGUUCCUCCUUAAUCAAUAUGGCGGCAUACGUGGCCAUAGCUGGUGGGGGUAUUGUCGUUUUCAUCGCGAUGGCUGGUUGUGUUGGAGCCAUUGAAGAAAGCAGAAAACUUCUACUUGUGUAUAUGAUCUGCCUUGUGCUAGUGUUCCUAGUAGAGGCUGCCGCUGGAAUCCUUGGUUUUAUUUUUUAUGAUAAGAUUCGUUCAGUACUAGAUGACAGGGUAAAGGAUGCUCUACUCAACAAAUAUGGCUACAAGGAAUAUAACGCCGUUACUACAGGGAUUAACAUACUACAACAAAAGAUCAAGUGUUGUGGUUACACAGAACCGGGAGAUUGGGCUGUAUCAGCAUACUUCAAAGACGCUGACAAGGCCACCGAGCGUGGAACCAGCAAAAUGCCUAUAUCAUGCUGCAAGGAUAUGCUUGUAUCCGGCUGCAAUAAUGACUUUGACGACACGAAAAUCCACUCGGAGGGAUGUGUGACGGAACUAGAGUCCAUUCUGAAGACUAAUUUACUGAUAGUAGGGGCUGUUUGUUUGUCCGUCGCCAUGGUACAGCUGAUAGGUAUAGUCCUAUCUCUUGUAUUAUGGAAAAAAUCAAAAGAACAGGAGAUUUUCUUCUAGAAGACGGGAACCAGCGAAGAAAUUGCACGUACUUCCGGUGACCUUGGGUUUGACCUUCAACCACGUGUUGAUUGUAAAGAAUUGUUUUGACUGUUUUUAUUGUGCAUUGUUGUAAAGAAUGGAAUUUGUUUUGGGAUGACAAGAUUGAAAAAUAGUGGAACAAGAGUAAAUGUUAUGUAAGAUAUUUUGCAGAGCGAAUUAAAACAAUAGAAACGAACGUAUGCCACGAGUAUAACGCUAAAGUUAGUUUGUAGGUACAUUCAAACAGUCUGGUCCGAAUUCUAAUGUUUUGAUACCAAAAGUCCAAAAAAAUGUACGAAUUGACUGAUCCAAAAUUAAAACCCGGACAUGACCAUAGAUAGUACACUGGAGUUCAAUAGGUAGAAAUUCAAAAGGUUGAGAUUUGUUCUAUGUGUUUAGCAUUUAGUAUGAUUUGUAUUAUUAGACGGAGUUGAAUGGUUUAUUAAACAUGUUAAUGAACAUAUAAUAAACAUUUAAAUUUUUCUUUGA